AUCUGACCUGAGACGGAAGCGACGCGGUGAGAACGCAUCUACCGAAUCGCCUUUACAUCGAGAUUGCAAUCGAGAGGAGCAGCGAUGGCGUCUAACAUCGGCUUUGCUGCGACAGCCAUGGUGGCAGCUGCAGCAGUAGAAUGCUGUGGGGCUGUCUCUGUCCAGGCGUCGGCGCACCCUUCAAACUCUGCUUCGACCCCCACGCCCUCGUCGUUCCCGCUGACCGACUCGAUCAACGAGAUGCUCUCUACCGCCUCGCACGUCCUCGCUCGCAUCCCCGGCUCCGCCAUCUUUCUGAGAUACGUCAGGAGCUCGUACCAGGAUGACCCCAUUCGCAGCUUGCUCGAGCUCUUCCUGCUCGUCUUUGCCAUUAGGACUGUCCUUCAGAGUCGAACGAGGGGCGGCUCGAGCGGAUCAAACUUUGUCAAGCUGAGCGAGAAGGAAAUCGACGACCUCGUUGACGAGUUCCACCCGGACCCGCUGUGCGCGCCCCUCACGCCAUCGGAGUCGCACGACCUGCUCUCUGUGCCCACCAUCAUUGGCGCUCCCUCGGCCCACCCCAAGAUCUCUGUGCCGACAUUGAACCACGGAAAGGCGCGAGAAGUCAUCAAUCUGGCCAGCUACGACUUCAUGGACCUGGCAGGCAGCGAAAAGGUCAAGGACAAGGCUGUGACGGCUCUGCGAAAGUAUGGAGUCGGGAGCUGCAGCCCGCCGGGCUUCUACGGCACCAUCGACGUCCAUAUGGCGCUCGAGGCCGACAUUGCCCGCUUCCUGGGCGUCGACAAGUGCAUCAUCUAUUCGCAGGGCUUCAGCACCAUUUCCUCCGUCAUUCCGGCCUUUUCCAAGCGAGGCGAUAUCAUCGUUGCCGAUCGAGGUGUGAACUUUGCCAUUCAGAAGGGCCUUCAGAUCUCGCGCUCGACGGUCAAGUGGUUCGACCACAAUAACAUGGCUUCACUUGAAGCCGCUCUGCAGUCUGUCGUGCGCGAUGACAAGCGGCGAAAGGGGCCCUUGACGAGGCGUUUCAUCGUCACCGAAGGAAUCUUUGAGGGCGAUGGUGCAAAGACGGACCUGGCAAAGAUCGUCGAGCUCAAGCGCAAGUACAAGUUCAGGCUCUUCUUGGACGAGAGCAUGAGCUUUGGCACUGUCGGCGCCACUGGCAGGGGCAUGACAGAGCUGUGCGAGGUGCCGCCGAGCGAGGUUGACAUGAUUGUGGGAAGCAUGGCAAACACGCUCGGCUCUUCGGGAGGCUUCUGCGCCGGCACCGAGGAAGUCGUCUUCCACCAGCGCAUCAACGGAAUGUCCUUUGUCUACAGCGCAGCUAUGCCUGCCAUGCUCGCCGUGGCCUCGUCAACAGCUAUUCAGCACCUCAUCAGCACGCCCUCGAUUAUGUCCACGUUGCAGGACAACGUCCGGAUCCUUCGAAAUGUGCUCGACCACGUCGAAUCGAUCUGGAUCCCUAGCGAUCCCAUCUCGCCCCUGAUCCACAUCCAGAUCCGAAGCAAGCUGGAGAGGCACCCGGACACGCCCAUUGAAAAGUUUGAAAAGGGAAGGCAUGUGCUCGGCGUCGGAGACGUCUCGGUCAACCUGGCAGAGGGGCAACCACAGAAGCUCCCAGCCGUUGUGACAACUUCGAGCGCCGACGCCAACCCCAAUCCGCCCAGUCCGGCGCUCUCGUCGUCGUCUGCCGCCACGGUCAAGGCCAACGGCAGCAGCAGCAGCAGCAGCAGCAGCAAGAAGCGAGGGAGCGGAGGCGCUGGUUCGAGUGCCUAUGCACCCUCAAAUGCAUUCCAACCGCAUGAUCUGAGCGUCGCCGAGCAGACCCGCCUGCUGCAGGCCAUCGUCGACGACGCGCUCGAGCACGGCGUCUUCAUCGUAAGGGCCAAGCGACUGCCCAGCAUCAACCCAAAGGUCCUCGAGAGCGGGCCAGAGUCAAGACCGAGCAUCCGCAUUGCCGUCAAUGCGGGUCACAACAAGAAGGAAGUCGAAAAGGCCGCAAACGUGCUCAAGGCCAGCAUCGUCCGUCUGAUUGGAAAAAGGCGGUAGAACGUCUUUACUUGUCUGCCUAUUCUCUUGUCCUCCCUUUGCGCUCCGACCCUUUUUUUCUCGUUAAUGGUAGACUGAUCCAUUCCUGCUGGCGCAGAGAAGCACGUUGAGAUGUGUAUACAAGUCCUUGAGUCUAGAAGAGGUAUUGUGAUACAUGUAUUG